CUCUACUGCUCCUUUCUACUUCAUACCUUCCAAAUCCCUUCCACCACUCGAAGCAAUCUUCAAGAUGCUCUCCAAGAUCACCACCACCACCCUGCUCAUGGCUGCCAUUGCCAUCGGCUCUCCCAUCGACCAGCUCAUGGAGCCUGUCAAGCGCGACUCCGUGGCUGAGGGCGCCAAGGCCCAGCACCUCGUCAGCAUGCUCGGCAACAACGAAUGCAUGUUCAAGCCUGAUUCGCGCGACCACAACGUCUUCGAGUUGGUCGAGGACGGCGACUGCAUCCCUAUCACGCAACGCGCUGUCGACGAGUGUCAGUCCUUCUACAUCCAGCCGUUCUAUGUUGGACGAAAGGAUGUCAAAGACAAGAAUGGCAAAAAGACCAGCGACGCCACCUGCGAGCUCAAGUACUACUACGACGACAACUGGUGCGAGACUCCGUCGAUCCAAAACUUCACCCAGGGCUACGACCUCGAGAGCGCGGCGUACACCGAGGAAGGCUUCUGCGCCACCAAUACGGCCUACCGCGACGACAAGAAGGUGGAGCAGGCUAUCAAGAAGGCCAAUGCAACCACCGGCAUCAUCGAAACCAUCAAAAGUGUGGACUUCAAGUGCCCUCAGAGCUACACGAUCGAGUGCCGUGCCUACGAGAAGACCGACAAGGAGGCCAAGGAGGCCACUUCUUGAGCACGACUAGUGCAGUGGCGUAUCUCUCGCAAGACUCCGUCGCGCAGAAAUGGCAGCGAGGGUAAAAAGGUCGAAUUUCGCUGUGUGCGCCCAGAAAAAAAUGGUCAGCGAGGUGCAAAGUGAGGUUAAAUCUCGCUCCGUGCGGCUGCAACCAUGGUACAAAUGUACCUUUGGGAAGAUUAUCUUGCUUUGGAAUUUUAGAAAAGGGGGCGUGUUAGGUUAGACACUUUAGCCUAUCCAAGCUUUCUCCCAC